AUGAAGCGCGAAGAAUAAGAUCGAAAAUCUGAGUUUAUAACUCUUUUAUAAAAACAGGAAAAUGGUGUUUAAAAUGGUGUAUAAAAUAAUCAAGAAUAAACUGAAAAGAAAAGUAAGCCAAUAAGAAAAGUCAAAGUGAAAGCACUUAAAGGUUCAUCAUACGUGAUCUCUUUAGAAGAUACUGAUAUAGUUGGAGAAGGCUCAUUUGGCAAAGUAGUUAGAGCCUACGAUAUUAAAAACCAAAAUGAAGACUUGGUAGCUAAGAUAAUACCUUUAGAUGAUCAAUAGAAAUACGAAUCAAUGUAAAUGGAGCUCAAAGUGUUGUGCAAAUUACCAUAGCAUGUCAAUUUAGUGAACUAUAAAAAGAUUAAAAUGUCUUCGUAAAAUAAGUAAUACUUUAUCAUGGACUACUGCAAUGGUGGUACUCUUACCUAAUACCUUAAAAACCAAAAAAAGAUAUCAGAAAAUGAAAUUCUCGAGUUUUUGCAGCAAUUUUGCAGAGGCUAUAGAGUUCUUUACAAAGAAGGCAUUAUUCAUAGAGAUAUCAAACCAGACAACAUUUUAAUACAUAAUAGGAUUUUUAAAAUCGCUGAUUUUGGUCUAGCAAAGAUAGUUGAUACUUUAUAGGUUUAAAACAUCUCUACAAGAGGUACUCCACUUUAUAUUGCUCCUGAACUUGUGAAGAAAGAAAAAGCUUCUUCUAAGGUAGAUAUGUGGUCUCUAGGAGUCAUAUUAUUCAGAAUGUUGUUUAAGGGUUAGUAUCCUUUUUUAGAUCCUUUGAUAAAGUAUGAUGUUCCAACAGCUUUAAAGCAUAUUUAAUAGAAGAAACUGAUAAUUCCUUCAAAUCCUUAAAGAUCUCCUGAAAUUAUUGAUUUAGUGAAGAGAAUGCUAGAAAAAGAUGAGUCUAAGAGAAUUAGUUGGGAAGAGCUUUUUAGCCAUAAUUUGAUAGCUUUUUCUUUAAAUGAAGAGGAAAAUGAAAAUUUAUACGAUGAUCUUUCUGAAGAAAGUAGUUUAAAGGCAGGAAAAUAAUUAUUGAAGAGCUCAGUGUUUAUUAAAAAGAUGGAAGUCAUUAGAUAAUCCAAGAUUUAGAUCACUCAUCUUAGUGAUAAAAAACCUUAAUAAAAAAAGAAUUCCUUUGACCAACCUCAGAAUAAUAAAUACUCAACUGAUAUGGAAAGUAGUUCUAGUUAGGAAGAUGAAAUAAAAGAAAAUAGCUAGCAACAAAAAGAAAAAAAAGAUGACAAGUUUAACAUGGAGCAGAUUAACAUGAAAACAAUGUAAACAUUAAUCAGACACAGCUAAAAGAGAUUGAAAACUAACUUAGCAAUUAAUAAAAUAGAAGAUAUCCUUUUAAAUUUUAGAGAAAAAGUCCUCUUUUUAGAUGUAAUUUGUCUAAGAAUGAUGGUUAUGAAUAAGCUUGUUGAAAGGUAGCUCAAGCAAAAGCAAAUAAAGCAAAGCAAUUCUCCUAAAUAAAAUUAAAAUAAUAUUGAAAAUGCAGAUAAAAGCGAUAAAUUAUUAGAAUAAUAUUUCACUCAUUCUUAACAAGGAAUAUUUUUACUCUUAGAGAUGGCAUAGAUCUUUAAUAAAUAGCUUUAAAAUUUCAAGCCAGAACAAUGCCCAGAUAUUCUCAAGGAAGAAUGGAAUGAUUUCUUAAUGUCUGAUAACUAGCUAAACUUAUCAAAAUUAUUAAAGCAAGACAAGGGCUGUUUGAAUGAGUUUGCUAAAUAAUAUAUCUAAGAAAACGAAUAAACUUAUUUUGACAAGAAAGAAUACCAUUCUUUUAUUAGCUAGCUUAAUAUGGAGAGAUUGUUAGAGGAAAUCCAUGUUAAUUUCUAAGAAUUGCUCAAACUGUUCCCAAAAAUCUACGAACAGAUGGGCGAUUAUAAAAAAGGAUUGCUUAUCCUCUUUACUUAUUUAUUUGAAGCUUACUCCCUUAACUCUGAUCAUUGCGUUUUUCAUGAUUUUAAAAGAUUCUAAGAUUAUUGGGCAUAUUACGAAGAUAUUGAAUAAAACCGCAGUGAAAUGGAUCUCUAUACUCAACUUGUUGAAAACAUAAAUAAUAUUUGA